GAAGGGGCGGGCGCUCUGAAUCCGCGGCGGAAAAGGCGCUGCUGCACUUCCCUUCUGUACCUCAGGAGAAGGCUGCGGUGCUCGGCGGCCCCGCCAUGGAGGAGAGCAGCGGCAUCCGCCUGUCGGCCGAGUGCCUGGACGAGCCGCCCAACAGCCGCGUCUUCGUGGUGUUGGGCAAGGACACCGGCGAGGCGCUGAUCCGGGAGCGCUUCUCGCCCUUCGGGGACAUCCAGAACAUCUGGCUCCUGCGGGACAGGCGCACCAACGAGUCCCGCGGCAUCGCCUUCAUCAAGUUCGCCCGCAGCUCGCAGGCCUGCCGGGCCAUGGAGGAGAUGCACGGCCGCAGCCUGCUCCCCGACAGCAAGCCCAUCAAGGUAUUUAUUGCACAGUCAAGAGCUUCUGGAAGCCACCGAGAUCUUGAAGAUGAGGAGCUUACACGAAUCUUUGUUAUGAUACCAAAAACCUACACGGAGGAGGAUCUGCGGGAGAAGUUUAAGAUGUAUGGAGACAUUGAAUAUUGCAGCAUUAUUAAAAACAAGACUACUGGAGAAAGUAAAGGUUUGGGCUAUGUCAGGUACCUGAAACCAUCACAAGCUGCCCUAGCAAUUGAAGAGUGUGAUCGAAGUUACAGGGCCAUUUUGGCUGAACCUAAAAAUAAGUCAUCUGAGUCUUUUGAACACGAUUAUUACAGUAAUGCCAUGAGACCAGAACUAAGAGGAAAUACGCUUCCAUUUUGUAUGCAGCCAGAAUUUUGUAGCUUUGAAAAAGCUGAGACGCGAAUUCAAGAGCCAGUCUCCAAGCGCCUGUCGGUGGUGUCUCGGCUCCCCUUUAUUCAAGAGCAACUCUUCGCCCUUUUUGAUUUAGUUCCAGGUCUGGAAUAUUGUGAUGUUCAGAGAGACCCUCAUACCAAUAGUGGGUACGCUGUGAUUCAGUACAGCACUGCUGCCUCAGCUAUAUAUGCCAAGUACAAACUCCAUGGGUUUGAGUAUCCUCCUGGAAAUCGACUAACUGUCAUUUUCCUAGAAGAUGGGAAUGACAGCUCAGACCUUAUCAGGAAAAUGGCAACGCAGCUGGUGACAGCGCAGGUGUCGUCGGCGUUGCGCGGUAGCAGCGCCAUGGUUCAGCAGUACAGGACGCCUCCUCAAGCGUUUGGAGGAGCUUCUGCCCCACAGUUGCUGCAGCCCCAAACAGAUGCCAUACUUCCACCACCCAAAAAAAAAGUUCCACCUGACACUUCUGUGAAGGAAAGGCUUUUCAUACUUUUUCAUCCCCAUCCUUUACCUGUAAAUGUACUGGAGGAUGUGUUCUGUCGUUUUGGACAGUUGAUAAGUGUUUAUCUUGUGGCUGGAAAAAAUGUGGGCUAUGCAAAAUUUGCAGACAGAGCAAGUGCCAGCGAGGCCAUAACUGCAUUGCAUGGCAAGAUUGUGAAUGGUGUGAGGCUGAAAGUGAGGUUGGCAGACUCACCCUCGGAGGAGCCCAACAAGCGCCAGAGAACUUACUGAGCAGGUGAGUACCCCCAGCCAGCCUGAGCUCUUACUUACCCUGGAGUCAGCUACUUGAAAUAGUGACAGGCAAAGAUUUGAAGUUAGACAAUACAAACAUAGAAUGAUAAACUCUAAAUCUAUUCUUAACUAGCAAACUGAAAUAGAAUUUUUGAUAUAUCUGUGUGUGUAUACACAUACAUACAUACAUAUAUAUAUAUGGGGGUGUGUGUGCUUAUAUAUAUAUGCAAGUGCACUUCAUUUUAUAAAAAUCAAUUUUUAUAGUCCUCAAAAAAAAAAAUGAACCAGUUGAUAAAAAUCAAUCUGGAUGUUGAUAGAAAUAUUACUUUUGUACUUGGGAGAAUCAGUUGGCAUUGAAAACACUAUGCAAAAAAUAAACAAUGAAACAGA